AUGAAGAAUUAAUUAUAAACAACACCAGAAAUUAAUGAAAGAUUAGAAGAAUUGAUUCGUAGUACACAUCCACCAAAAAUAUAAAAUGUUGUAUCCACUGUAGAUCUUGGAACAGAGUUAAAUUUAGUAGUAAUAUCAAAUGGAGCAAGAAUGGCCGAGUAUAAUCCUAAGCGAUUCUCAGCAGUCAUUAUGAGAUUAAACAACCCUAGUACUACUGCUCUAAUCUUUUAAUCUGGAAAAAUGGUAUGUACAGGAGCAAAAUCAGAAGAUUAAUCUUUAGUUGCAGCUAGAAAAUAUGCAAAGAUUAUACAAAAAUUAGGAUUUCCAGCUGUGUUCAAAAAUUUCACAAUAUAGAACAUUGUAGCUAGUUUCGACUUUAGAAAGCCUAUUAAAUUAGAUGAAUUCACCAAAGAUCAAUAGUAUCGACCUGUCGUAUAAUAUGAACCAGAGAUAUUCCCUGGAUUGAUAUUUAGGAAGAUCACAGACCAGAAGAAAAUAACUCUGUUAAUAUUUGUAAGUGGUAGAUGUGUGAUCACUGGAGGCAAAAAGACAGAAGACCUAAAUAAUGUAUUUAAAUUUAUAUUGCCGAUUCUGGACUAAUUCAAAAAAAGAGAUCUAGAAUAUUGA